UGAUAUGUCAGAUUGGACAAUUGUUCUCUGAUUUUUGCAGGCGUAGAGAGAAUCAGUAAUAAGUACAGGCAGCCACGCGGCAUAUCCCGCACCUGUAAACUAGAGAUGUACGGCGCCACAUCUCACACGUGGAAGUGGAAGGUGGAACAGACGUAGAGUCACCCAGAGCAAGAAGAGGCUCGUAUUUCUCCUCUCUGAUCUGCGCAUCUCUGCAUCGCUAGCUGCUGCAACUCUAUCGGCUAGAAUGGCGGCCGAUGGCGUUCAACAACUGCUGCUACCCGGCGCCGGCGCCGGCGCCGGCGACGACCCAGCUGAUGCCAUUGCCAUCCGACAGAAGCCGCCCGCCGGGGUCAAGAGGUUUCGGCGCUGCCGGACGGCGCCCUCCUCCGACCCUGCUGCGUUGGAAGACUCUCGCCCUCCCACUCCCCACAGCAACGCCGGUCAGACCGCACCGGCACCGCCCAAGAAGGAAGUGCUCGAGGGCGGCCGCCCGAGCCCGAGCUUCCGGCUGGUGGGCGUGCUCCUCUUCGCCUACGUCGUCGCCGGCACCACAGCCUUCUACCUCUUCAUGGACCACAUGUCCGGGCACCACAGCGGCAGCCGCUUGAUCGACGCGCUCUACUUCUGCGUGGUGACCAUGACCACCGUCGGCUACGGCGACCUGGUACCGUCCAGCGACGCCGGGAAGCUUCUGGCCAGCGCGUUCGCCUUCGGCGGCGUGGCCGUCGUGGGCACCUCCCUCAGCAAGUCGGCCGACUACCUGGUCGAGAAGCAGGAGUCGCUGGUCUUCCGCGCGGUGCACGCCAACGGCAAGCACCCGGCGCGGGAGCUCCGGGCCAUGGAGAUGAACAAGACGUGGUACAAGCUGUACGCGUCCGGGGCGCUGCUGGCGGCGUCGGUGGCGUCGGGCACGGUGGUGCUGUGGAAGGGGGAGGGGAUGCGGCCCGUGGACGCGCUGUACUGCGUGUGCGCGACGGUGACGACGCUGGGGUACGGCGACCGGAGCUUCGACUCCGCGGGCGGGCGCGCGUUCGCGGCGGUGUGGGUGACGGUGAGCACGGCGGUGGUGGCGCUCUUCUUCCUGUACGUGGCGGAGCUGUACGCGGAGCGGCGGCAGAGGGCGCUGGCGCGGUGGGUGCUGACGCGGCGGACGACCAACACCGACCUGGAGGCGGCGGACCUGGACGGUGACCGGCGCGUGGGGGCGGCGGAGUUCGUGCUGUACAAGCUCAAAGAGCUCGGGAAGAUCAGCCAGGAGGAGAUCUCGGAGUUCAUGGAGGAGUUCGACGAGCUCGACGCCGACCACAAUGGCACGCUGUCCCCCUCAGACCUCGCCAUCGCGCAGGCCACCAUUUGAUUAGUAGUAGACCAUUUCGUUAGUAGCAGCAUUUAUUAUUGGUUAUCGGGAGCCGACAGAGAGCUCAUUGUCAAAGAAUCCAAGUAAGUGGUGAAAAAUUGUGUGUAUUUUCAGGUGAUGCCCAUGUGAUGCCCAUGUAAUCUUGGCCGGUUGCUGGUUAUAUUAAUUUAAAAUCGGUCUAGGUUCAAGUUUU